AUGAAGCGAUUUCUAUUGGCACCAGUACCUGCAGACCCGACGUACGGCCCGUGUGGUGCGUACGUCACGGAGCCGCUUGCACCGUUCCGUCGUCACGCGCUGGUGCAGUAUCUGCGCAAGAUCCUCCCGGGGUCGCUAGCGCUCGACUGCAAGGUGGACAAUGUGGACGACGAGGACGUUGUACGCAACCCGUGGAGGCGUCGCGUUCGUAUCAUCGCCGCGCGCUCCAAGUGCCAACGGGAAGCACUGUUGCUGGCGGACCAGCAGCUUGCGGACGACGAAAUGCGCGAGCGGAAUCUGAGUCUGAUUGGGUUCACGGCUGUGCUGGAUGCGAUCGUCGCCGCGCGCAAGCCCAUUGUUGGACACAACAUGCUCCUCGACCUGAUGCAGUGCUACGAGAAGUUCCAUGGACCGUUGCCGGCGCGCUGUGCCGAGUUCCAGCGCGAGUUGCAUGCCUGGCUAGGCGCAGGGGGCGGCGUCUUUGAUACUAAGACGCUUGUCGACUAUGCGAUGCAGAAGGUGGACUCGUUCGCUACCCACUUGGCGCACACUGCGCUCGAGAACUGCUUCGAGGUGCUAUCGAAGCACCCGUUCUACGGCCCGGAGGUUCAGAGCGCGCAGCCAAGUGUGAGGGGUGUUGAUGCCGCCCGUGAGUAUGGAGCUGAGCUCAUGGGCUCGUCUCAAGCGCCGCUCCAGGCGCAUCAAGCAGGCUACGACGCGUUCAUGACGGGGUUCGUGUUCCUCCGUGUGUGCUCGGGUCUUGGGGUCUCGAACGAGUCCAUUGCGUCGUUGGGGAGAUCCUCGCAGCGGCCUGAGAGCAAAUCGAAGCGCGCUGAUAAUGCACUGGAGAGUCUUCGCAACGUCCUGUUCGUGAGCCACUUUCUGCCGACCUACGUGUUGGAUCUGCCGGGGCCGUUCCCACAGCCGACACCUACGCCGUCACGCUCUCGAUUUGUACGCAUGAAGCUCACUCGCACGCGCGCGCCCGUGGCUGCAGGGGCCACGCCACUACCGAACGGCGCGGGCAACAACUCGUGUCCUGCACUCAAGACGUUCCACAUCAAGCACUGUGUGGGGUGGGCUCUGAAUCUGCAGUCGGCGACCAGGCUGGUGAACGUGCACUGGGAGGGACAGCAGUGCGUGUAUGUGGAGCUGCCGUCUGCGGAGGCUGCCGAGCAACUAUUGGCAGUGCGCGCGCAAACGAAGGAGUGCUGGGGCUCCGCGAACGACCCGAUGCCGUCAAUUGGCUGCGUCGACUUGGAUCGGUGCCCGGCAACGUACGACUGCGCGGAGAUGGAGGCAACGGCGACGGACUCGGCGCCGCCACCACUCGCGCAGCCCAUCAGUGAUGACGAGAAGGCUCGCAGGAAGCGCAAGAGCUGCGAGAUGGCGCAGUGA